UACUUAUAUGGGAAGUCGAUUGAUGUCUUCUCGCAAAUAUGCCAUGUUUAUCUGUCUGACCGCAUUAGGUUUAACUACCACUUACCGCGUCUCUGAAAAGACAAACAUUCCGACCAAUUUUCAGUCAAAUAAAAGAGUUAGUGAGGUAAAACACUCAGAGUCACAGUCAGUUGAGGUUAAUUUUCAAAAUUUACUACAGCAGUAUCUAAAACUUCCAUUUGGAUCUAAAAUAUGGAGAAAGUUUUAUCCCGAGGUGGAUGUACUGUUAAGUUUAAUAGAGGACAACAAGUUAAAAUGGCCAGCUCCUAUUACAAAAACGACAUUCGCCAAAUUCACGGAACUUUCGGUGGAGAAUCGUGCUGAAGGAUACACAGUGGGGGAUACUGUUUUCGCAACAAUAGAAGCAAAGAACGGACUAGGAGAGAGGAAACAACAUGGCGGGGAUUACUUUUACUGCAGAUUAAUGAGCACAAAUAGGAAGGGCGAUAUAUUGGGAACUGGUAUAGCGUGUGACAUAAUUGAUCACGGCAAUGGAUUUUACAUCGCAUCCGCCCCACUGCUGUGGCCGGGUAGUUCAACGUUGUUCGUGGACCUUGUACAUUCAAGCGAAGCCGUUGCGGCGCUUGUUUUGGAAAGUGCAGCAAGCUCCGCCAAAGGCGUUCAUUUUGUUUCCACGUAUCCCUCUGGAGAGGAAGUCGACUGUAAUGUUGGCUUACGGCCAAAUUUGGGGUGAACAUACUUUAACGUUAGUUUGUAAAUGCAAUUCCACCAUCACAGUUGGGUAGCCGCCUAACUCAUAGAGGUUAUGGCCUUAAGGCUUAUACCAUGGUGGGCGUAUGUGUUCUUGAGCAAGACACUUAACGACAA